AUGAGUGAACUUAGCGCUGGCUGCCAGCAAACACCAAAACGUGCACACCAACUCCGUUACUCCGUUAAGGAGUUCGUACGCAUCCCAAACGACUACCUAAUUCCACGGCAAUGGAAAGAGCAGAACGAGACAAAAACAAGAGGCCUCUCGAUGCAUCAUCCGAUGCCAUCCCUGCCGCAGUUGAUCGAGCGAGCGAUCGAGCCACAAUCAUGGAUCCGAGUGAAUGUGCUGGACAAGAACGAUAGCCCACCGACAUUUCGUGACAUUCCGCUGGUAUUCUCCGUGUCGGAAGACUUAGCCGUAGGACAGACGGUGGCGCAAAUAACCGCCACCGAUCCGGACACACUCGGUGCCUUGGAGUACUCGCUGGUAAGCGGCGACACGGACCGGUUUCUCCUGCAGAAGGACACCGGUCUGCUCAAGCUGAGGGACACGCUGGAUCGCGAAACCGAAGAUACCUACCGGCUGGUGGUCAGCGUCACCGACGGAGUCCAGAGCACCGAAACUACCGUCACCGUGCAGGUCACCGACACCAACGACAACCCACCGUCGUUUUCCGAACCAGCGUACUCGUUCGACAUUCCGGAGAAUGCGGCCCGCGGCUUCCAGGUGGGCAUGAUCUCGGCCAGCGAUCCGGAUCUGGGCAACAACGCAGCCGUCACCUACAGUGUCAUCUCGGACUGGGCCAACGACGUGUUUUCGCUGAAUCCACAGACGGGGAUCUUUACGCUAACGGCCCGGUUGGAUUAUGAAGAGGUACAGCACUACAUUCUGGUGGUGCAGGCCCAAGAUAACGGCCACCCGAGCCUGUCCAGCACGCUGACCGUCUACUGCAACGUGAUCGAUCUGAACGACAAUGCGCCGAUCUUCGACCCGAUGAGCUACUCCAACGAGAUCUUCGAGAACGUACCGAUCAACACCGAUGUGGUUACGGUCAGUGCCACCGAUACCGAUUCCGGAGUUAAUGGACGCAUCGAGUACAGCAUUACGACCGGCGAUGAGAACGGAGACUUUCAGAUUCUCAGCAACGGAACGAUUCGCACCCGACAGGCCCUGGACCGGGAGACUAGGGCGAGCUAUAAUCUGAUCGUAACCGCGCGAGACUGCGCCAAGGAGACGGAGAUGCGGCUAUCGUCCACCGUACAGGUUACAAUCGUCCUGAAGGACGUGAACGACCUUGCGCCGGAGUUCGUGACCCCGAAUGAAACAAGCGUCGCGGAAAACAUUCCGGCCAACACCGUCAUCAUGGCCAUCAAAGCGGUCGACCGGGACGAGGGUCGCAACGGGUACGUCGAGUACCAGCUGGACCCGAACGUACAAACGCCGUUCACGAUCGGUUCGGCGGACGGACUGCUGCGCGUAUCCGGUCGGCUCGAUCGGGAAACCAAGGCCAGCUACGAGCUAACCGUAACGGCCAAGGACCGUGGCGAACCGCCAAAAUCCAGCCAAUCGCGAAUACUGAUCCACGUGCUGGACGAGAACGACAACAGUCCCAUCUUCGACCCGAAACAGUACAGUGCAGCGAUUGCGGAGAAUGCCAGCAUCGGAGCCAGCGUACUGCAGGUUUCCGCAACUGAUAUCGACGAGGGCGCUAAUGGACGGGUCCGUUUUUCGAUUGCGACCGGCGACGACAAUCGGGACUUCACCAUCAGCGAGGACAGCGGCAUAGUUCGGGUGGCCAAGAAUUUGAACUACGAGCGAAAGUCGCACUACACCGUGACCGUCCGGGCGGAGGACUCCGCCAGCGAUACGGAGAACGGCGAGGUUCGCUUCGACACCGCCAAACUGUCCAUCACCAUCACGGACAUUAACGAUAAUCCGCCAACCUUUCUGGAUUCGCCCUACCUGGCGUACGUGAUGGAGAACGUGAUACCGCCGAACGGCGGCUACGUCAUCACGGUGAAGGCCUACGACGCCGAUACACCACCGUUCAACUCGCAGGUUCGCUACUUCCUCAAGGAAGGCGAUACGGACUUUUUCAAAAUUAACGCAUCCAGCGGAGAAAUCUCGCUGCUGCGGGCGCUCGACCGCGAAAUGCAAGCCGAGUACAUCCUGACUCUAGUGGCAAUGGACACCGGGUCGCCUCCACUCACCGGUACGGGCACGGUACGGGUGAUUGUUCAGGACCAGAACGAUCACAGUCCGGAGUUUGAGCGGCAAUCCUACCAGGCGACGGUGUCGGAAAACCUUCCCAUCGGCAGCAAGGUACUGCAACCGAUCGCAACGGAUAAGGAUGCCGGUCAGAAUGCAAAAAUCCGUUACACAUUGCUGGGUGAACACUCGCAGCGUUUCAAUGUGAACCAAGAUAGCGGGGAGAUCACGACCGCCACCGUUCUCGAUCGGGAAGACAUCGCGCUGUACUAUUUCACGCUGAUGGCACAGGACAGCUCAACGACCGAGCCACGCGCUACGGUUGUUAACCUAACCAUUUCGGUGUCGGACAUGAACGACAACAGUCCAACGUUCGAGUCCCGAACGUUCCACGUGAACAUUCCCGAUCGUAUCAAACGUAAUCAGUUUGUGUUUGGAGCGAAAGCGAUCGAUCUGGACGAAGGAAUGAAUUCGCGCAUCAUCUACUCGAUCAGUGGGUCGGAUGCGAAUAAAUUCCACAUCAAUGAGAACACCGGAGUCAUUGAAGCUUCCGUCGAGCUGUCCCUACCGGGACAAAACGCCGAUCGAGUCUUCAGCUUGGUCAUCGAAGCUCGCGAUCAAGGCUUUGACCAGAAAUCCACCAAAAGCGAACUGACGAUCGCACUGAAGUCGGCCCACCUCUUCCCAGUGUUUUCGUAUCUCUCGGAAACACAAUUCGUACUUCCGGAGGAUAUCGCCGAUGGUAAAAUCGUGACUAAGAUAUCUGCUACCUCACCGAAGAAAGGUCCAGCCGGUAACAUACGGUACGCGAUCGCUGGUGGUAACAUCGGAGAUGCACUCCGAAUCGAUCCCAAUACCGGCGAGGUGGCCGUUAAUAAAGGAGGACUGGAUUACGAACGUAAUCAGCAGUACGAAGUGUGGAUCGAGGCGGCCGACUCCGAUCGGCCAAGUCUGCGAAGUGUCAUGCAGCUGAUCAUAAACGUUACCGAUGCCAACGACAAUGCCCCGGUUAUGGAGAAGCAGGUGUACACCGCCGAAGUGAUGGAAGAAGAAUCACCCGGAUUGUUUGUCAGCAAAGUUCAAGCUAGCGAUGCGGAUUCGGAUGAAAAUGGACAGAUAACGUACAGUUUGGCGAACGACUACGAUAGUUUUGAGAUCAACAGCGAUACGGGAGAGAUCUACACCACCACAAGGCUCGAUCGGGAAGAUAUUCCACGCUACGCUCUGAUCGUCAAAGCGGUCGAUCAGGGUGUGCCCCAGCUAACCGGAACUGCCACAGUUCUCGUUCAUGUCCUGGAUAAGAACGACAAUCCUCCCAAGUUUACGCGUCUAUUCAGCGUUAACGUGACAGAAAAUGCCGAAAUCGGCAUUUUCGUGAUUCGCAUCACAUCGUCCGAUUCGGACAUCGGAAUCAACGCCAACGCCACCUACAUCUUCACCGAGAACAUCGGCAACAAAUUCCUGAUUGAUUCCACCUCCGGAAACGUCACCGUGGCCGGUCAUCUGGAUCGCGAACAGCAGGACGAGUACAUCCUCAAAGUAGCCGCCGUUGAUGGUGCCUGGAGAGCGGAGACUCCGCUCACGAUCACCAUUCAGGAUCAGAACGAUAACGCACCGGAAUUCGAGCACAGCUACUACAGCUUCAACUUCCCCGAGCUGCAGAAAGCGGUCACCUUUGUCGGCCAGGUGAUCGCCACCGAUCGCGAUAAGCACGGACCGAACUCGGUGAUUUCCUACUCCCUUCAGCAACCGUCGGAUAUGUUCUCGAUCGAUCCGGCCACCGGAGAAAUCUUCAGCAAACGAAUCAUCCACUACAAACACACCCAGCUGGAAUCCUCACCGGAGAAUAUGUUCAGUCUAACCGUUCUGGCCACCGACAACGGGAAACCUCCGAUGUAUUCGGAGUGUUUGAUCAACAUCAAUGUAGUGGACGCCAACAACAAUCCACCGGUCUUUACUCAGCGCGAGUAUCUGUCACCGGCUCCGGAGGGAGCGACGGUCGGUCAGAAGAUCAUGCAACUGCUUGCCCGGGAUGAGUUCGACUACGGCGUCAACGCCGAAAUCGAGUACAUCGUAACCGGCGGCAACGGUACCAGUCACUUCAUAGUGAACCGGAACGACGGUUGGAUUGUGGUUAGCAACCCGCUGAAUGACAUUCCCGGCAAAGUCUACACCCUCAAUGUUCGAGCAGUGGACAAGGGAGUACCUCCGCAGCAAGAUGAAAUCGUCGUAACGGUGAUCGUCACAGGACUAAACAAAUACGCUCCCGUCUUCCAGAGUCCUUCCUAUCAGGUGAUCGUACCGGAGAAUGAACCAAUCGGAUCGACAAUUCUAACCGUCAGCGCUCCAGAUGAUGACGACGGCCCCAACGGUAUGGUUCGGUACUCCAUUGCCGGAGGCAACGACCGGAAAGAGUUUACAAUCGACAGCGUAGCUGGCGCGAUCAUGAUCCGCCAACCUCUGGACUACGACACCGUUCAGAUCUACCAGCUGAACGUAACCGCCGAAGAUCUGGGCUUCAAACCGAAGAAAUCCAUGGCCAUGAUCACGGUCACUCUGACCGACAUCAACGACAACGCACCGAUCUUCAACCAAACCGAGUACGAUGCGUUUAUUCCGGAAAACUCCCCGCCGAACACGUUCGUUUACCGACCCAUUGCUCACGAUCGAGACUCACCGAAGAAUGCCAUUGUUCACUACUCGAUCGUAGGCGGAACCGGACGGGAUCUGUUCUCGAUCGAAACCACAACCGGAGUGAUCAAAUCCCGGGCAACGUUCGACUAUGAGGAGCAAAAUCGCUACACGCUGGACGUUAUGGCAAUCAAUCCGGAUUCGCCGAUGAAAAAUCGAACCAAAGUGAUUGUCCACGUUACCGGAGUGAACGAAUUCUAUCCGAAGUUCGUGCAACCUGUGUUCCACUUUGAUGUUUCCGAAUCGGCGGAAGUCGGAUCGAGUGUUGGAUUUAUUCAGGCAACCGAUAAGGAUGCCGGAGAGGACGGUAAGGUGUACUAUCUUCUGGUCGGGUCCAGUAAUGAUAAGGGUUUCAACAUUCAUCCGGAAACGGGAGUGAUGAUUGUGUCACGCAACCUCGAUCGUGAGACCCAAUCCCGAGUGGUGCUGACCGUGCUGGCUAAGAACUUCGGUGGCAUUCGAGGAAACGACACCGACGAGGCGCAGGUCAUCAUUUCCAUUCAGGACGGCAAUGAUCCACCGGAGUUUUUACUUGAUUUUUACGAGGCUGAUGUUUCGGAAGGUGCUCAAGUGGGAACUCGAAUCAUCACCGUGAAAGCAAUAGACAAAGACGUUCGACCGCAGAACAACCAGUUCAGUUACUCGAUCAUCGGUGGAAAUAAUGAUCAUUCGUUUAAGAUCGAUCCCCAAUCUGGACAAAUCGAAACAGCUCGUUUGCUUGAUCGAGAAACCGUACCCACGCACAAGUUGAUUCUGGGUGCCAUUGACACCGGAUCACCACCACAAACGGGAACAACGACGGUGAAAAUUUCCAUCACAGACAUCAACGACAAUGGACCCGUCUUUGAUCCGAAGGAUACCGUCGGAUCGGUACUGGAAAACGAACCUCCGAACACCGUGAUCAUGACGCUCUCAGCAACCGAUCCAGAUCUACCUCCGAAUGGAGCACCUUUCACCUACUACCUAGUGGGAGGUCGCCACAAAUCCCUAGUCACUCUUGAAAAGCAUUCCGGCGUUCUCCGAACGGCUCGCAGCAUUGAUCGUGAAACCACUCCCAAGCUGGAACUCCUCGUAGAAGUAGAAGACAACGGAAAACCGAAAAUGCGAACCCAGCACACGAUCACCGUCAACGUCAUGGACCAAAACGACAGUCCAUCAACCCCGCGAGUCGUGCACGUCCUGGUGUACGGCUUCAACAACCAACUGAACGGUGACAUCGCUAACGUACACCCGAACGAUCCGGACACCACGGGUGACUACCGGUGCAAAAUCAUCGGCGACCUGAACAAAAACCCCAUCAGCUCGUUCACCAUCAGUUCCGGCUGCAAGCUUCGUUCGACCUCAUCGUCCAUCCCGAACAAUGGCCACACGUUCCUCGUGUCCGGAAACGAUGGCCGACACAACGACGUGGUGUCAACGGUAAGCGUCGAGUUCCUCCGUUUCGACAACGUCACCGUCGAAAACUCGAUCACCAUACGAAUCGAAAACAUGACCAGCAGUCGCUUCCUUGCGAAUUACUAUCGAAACUUCGUUGACAUCCUCAAAGCGUCGAUCGACAGUUCCAACGAUCUGAUUGUCUACAGCCUGCUGGAUGUGGAGAAGGCAACGGACAUCAGUGUUGCGGUAGCAAACGACGGCAAGGGCUUCCGAUCACAGCAGUACAUCAAGGAACGGUUCAACAAAAAACUGGAUGCCAUCAAUUUGCUUCUGCAGAACUCAAAGGUCGUAAUUGGGUUCAUCCCUUGUGACGCCAAUACCUGCGACAACGGUGGCGUCUGCUUCGAAAAGAUCAACGUUUACGAUGACACACAGAUAACGGACAGUCAAUCGCUGAUCUUUACCUCUCCCCUGGUACGACACGACUUCCGGUGCAAGUGUUCCGAUGGUUACACCGGUCAACGGUGUGACAAACGACAGGAUCCUUGUUCGCCAAACCCCUGCCAAGCUGGUGGCCAGUGUCGUCGACAGGGUUACGACUUCCAGUGUUCCUGUCCUUCGAACCGUGAGGGAAAAUUCUGUCAGCUGGAACGAGGCGAUGUGUGUUCGAGCAGCCCGUGCAAAAAUGGUGGCUCCUGUCGGGAGAGUUCCGACGGUUCUUCGUUCUUCUGUCUCUGUCGACCGGGAUACCGAGGAAAUCAGUGUGAAGCUGUGGCAGAUUCCUGUCGACCGAACCCCUGUCUGUUCGGUGGAUUGUGUGUCAGCCUGAAGCCGGGCUACAAGUGCAGCUGCGUGGAUGGACGCUACGGGCGGCACUGUGAGAAGACGACGUUCGGAUUUAAGGAACUCUCGUAUAUGGCAUUUCCUGCUCUAGACGCCGCCACCAAUGACAUUUCGGUUAUUUUCGCCACCACUAAACCGGAUGCACUGCUGAUAUACAACUACGGAAUUCAGAGCGGUGGACGGUCCGAUUUUGUCGCGAUGGAAGUGGUGAAUGGGCGGGCGGUGUUUUCCUACGGUGGAGCUAGGACGGCAAUUACGUCGCUGGUGGUUGGACCAUCGGCCGCUAAUAAUGAAACCAUUUCCAAUGGGAGGUGGCACAAAAUAACGGCAACCCGCAAUGGACGGGUGAUGUCGCUGAGUGUGUCCAAGUGUUCCGAGAACGGAGAUUACUGCGUCGAUUGCCGACCGGGAGAUUCGAACUGCUACGCCGAUGAUACCGGACCGACGGGAACCCUGAACUUCAACAAACACUUCCUGCUGGUGGGUGGCCUGGCAUCGGCCGAUCCGGUCCUCGAGCGUCCCGGCCAGGUGCAUUCCGACGAUCUGGUAGGCUGCGUGCACAGCGUGUCCAUCAACGGGCGAGCGCUAAAUCUGAGCAGUCCAAUCAAAGCGGCCGGUGUGGAGAACACUUGCCGACGAGGUAACAACGGAGGACCUUGCAGCCUGGGGCUGCCAGAGGAUCCAGCACAGCCUCGCUGCGGUGCUUUCGGGCAGUGUAUGGAUCGUUGGAAUACCGCACUGUGUCGCUGUGGAGCAUCGAUCCUCUCGCCGGACUGUUCCAGUUCACUCGAUUUCUUCUCCAUAGCGGACGGCGGUUUUAUCGAGUUUGAGAUUUCCGAAAAACACAAACGCAUGCAACUGCUGGAGAAUAUCUACAGUGGAAAGAACAUCUGGAGUUACGACGUAACUCGUAACAAACGGUACUCAAUCAAAACGGAAAAUAUAUCAAGUUUGACGAUCGCUGAAGAUCCCCCGAAAUACAUGAGUCUGUUGUUCAAAACGAACAAACCGAAUGGGCUGCUGAUUUACGCAGCCACCAACAAGCACUACACUUCGAUCGAGCUCAAGAACGGUCGGAUUUUCUACAAUUCCCACCAAACUUCGUACAUCAACAUCACAGCUUCUGCGCCGGAAAACCUAGCGGACGGCAACUGGCACAACGUUACCUUACACGCUCACAAUCGAAUUCUGCAGGUAAUUGUCGACGGGAAGAACGUAAUCGAAGACCUGGAUUCGGCAGGAGUGCACGAUUUCCUCGAUCCGUACCUGACCGUCCUGUCGAUCGGUAACGUUCGCCGGGAAUUGUUCGUCACCGAAGUCAUGCCGACGUACUUCCAAGGCUGUCUGGCAAAUUUCACCAUCAACAACGAAAUCCAACCGUUCAACGGCUCCGGCAGCAUUUUCAAGAACGUGGUUCACCGGGGCAACGUUCUGCCGGGAUGUCUGCUGGCCGGUUUGGGCGCCGCUCACGUUACCGAUCCGCUCAGCAUCGGCAUAACGCUGGUGAUAGUCUUUUUCGUUGUGCUGCUGGUGGCGAUCUUUCUUUCGUUUCUGGUGUUUCGGUUGCGGAAACAGCACAAGGAAAAGAGCGGAGGACUCGGAGGUCCCUCUACAAUCCAUUCCAAGCAGAAUGGAGGCUCCACUCUGCUUAGCACUUCCCAGCUAGUGUCCUCCGGUGUGCACAACGACAUCGGUAGGAGUCUUCAUGUGAGUGAUCUGUCCGUCGUUGGUUACCAUUCCGAUAAUAAUGAUAUGCUGCGGGGAGUUGGAGGACAUCAUCUAGUGGGGCCGGAGUUGAUUUCGAAGAAAUAUAAAGAGCGAGAUAUCAAUGCGGGUGAACCGCAACGUCCCCAACGUCCGGAUAUUAUCGAACGUGAGGUGGUUAGUAAGAGUCCUCCGUUGCGUGAAGAUCAUCACCCACCGUUACCCCCGCCCAGUCAAUCACACCACACACACGAUCACACCGCUCCGGUGGAUCUUGGGUCCGAAUAUCCGGAGCACUACGACCUGGAGAAUGCCAGUUCGAUUGCACCGUCGGACAUCGAUAUCGUCUAUCACUACAAGGGAUACCGCGAAGCAGGUGGUGUUCGGAAAUACAAAGCUACCCCACCUCCGGUGGCCACCUACACCCACCACAAGCACCAGACUUCGGCCCAACAACAGCAUCGGCAUUCGCCCCAUCACGCCGGUCCUUAUGCACCGCGCGUGCCGCCGCAAGCUAGUCAACCUCCGCCUUCGAAUACGCCUCGACCGCACCAGAGCACUCCACUGGCACGAUUGUCUCCGAGCUCGGAGCUCAGCUCGCAGCAACCACGAAUCCUCACACUGCACGACAUCUCAGGGAAACCUCUGCAAAGUGCUCUCCUAGCGACCACCUCCAGCUCGGGAGGUGUCGGCAAAGAUGCCCUCCACAGCAACAGCGAACGCAGCCUCAACAGUCCGGUAAUGAGUCAACUCUCCGGACAGAGUUCCAGUGCGAGCCGGAAAAAUCCGGGCGUACCGCAACAACCACAAAACGUCAACUCCGUCGUGUCCGGCCCCAUGGGUCUAACAGCCGAAGAAAUCGAACGACUAAACUCCCGUCCUAGAACGUCGAGUCUGGUUUCCACUCUGGACGCUGUGUCCAGCAGCAGCGAGGCUCCCCGAGUUCCAGCCCCGCAUCUGACACACAUGCAUCACUCGCCGGCAGUUGAUGCUCACAGUUCCACCUCAACCGACGAAAGCGGCAACGACAGCUUCACCUGUUCGGAAAUCGAAUACGACAACAACAGCAUCAACGGUGACAAAUACACAAAAACCCGCGAAGACACUAGUCGACGGGUGGUCAGCGACAACAACAACAGCAACAAGCCACCCCAUCUGCCUCCGUCGUCGUACGACGGAUUCGAUUCCUCCUUCCGGGGAUCGCUAAGUACGCUGGUGGCAUCCGACGACGAUCUGUCGACCCACAUGGUAGGAAUGUACCGGCAGCCGAACGGUGCUUCACCAUCGGCCACCGGCUGGGACUAUCUACUCAACUGGGGCCCGAACUUCGAAAGCCUGAUGGGCGUCUUCAAGGACAUUGCCGAGCUGCCGGAUACAGUGAACGGACGGGUGCCGAGUUCCCUCCGGAUACCGGCCGGCGUGCAGAAACCUUCGGAAGAGUACGUGUAG